AUGCACCAACUAGUACGCGUCGACUUAUUAGAAGUUGUGAUGCACUUCCAGAAGAUUCAUUGUCUCUGUCGCUCAAGGCAAAAUUGUUCUACGAUGCUAUACGAUUCUGAAGACCAUUCAUUGUUUCUUACGCCGCGUGUUUGUUACUUCUCAGCUGCAAAAGGUGGAGCAUCGAGACAUAUGAUGGUUAAUGGCAGUAGUCAGAGGAUGGCGAUAAAAAUCAAGUGCAGCAACAACGAAUUGUUUCGAGUAUCGCCUGUGUAUUGCAUGUUAGAACCUGGAGGAUCCCAACGUCUUCAGAUUGUACGGGACCCAGGAGAGGCAAAAACGGACAAAAUUGUUCUUCUGUACCGGUAUACCACUCUUUCGAAUCCACGUGAUGUUUUCAGAGACUUAGAAAGCGAUGACGCGACUCAUAAAAAAGUGAUUGCACUGGUGGCUCGCGACGACAUCGAUUUCACGUUGGCGCCGACGACAAAUCUAAAAUCUAUUCUGAAAGCUUACCCACAAUGUUAA